AUGACAGUCAUGUUAUAUGUAUGCAUUCUUUUUAUCGGACUGGUAGCCUCCAAGGACGAAAAACCGAGGGAGGCAAGUCCCGAGGAACAAAAACGCAUGCUCUACUGGAAAAGAGGUCCUGUGAGCGAGUUGGAGGAUUAUGCUGCCGGCUCGGAUGGUGAUGCUGAAGAACUGGCAAAUGAAUACCGACUGGAAAGACUUAUGCAAGAACUAAGGGCCUGGCGGAAUGCCAGAGGAGGAGCUCGAUAUGUGCGACCGAGAAGAAUGCUCUACUGGAGGCGCUAA